CUUACCUCGAACAGCACAAGUCUUUACCAUCCUGCUGCCAACUCACCUCUAGACUUUCUCUACUCGAGGACCGUUCUACUCUUCACUUCAUCCCCCUUGCUCAUCUCAAUACCACCGCUACUACUUCCUUUAUUAUUCACUGUCAUCCCCACAAACUCUUUGAUCUUCUUUAUCGAUACCCCUCCUUGAUACCACCCCUCAUUAUUAUUGCAUAAGAUGGAGAAAGUUAAGGAGAAAAUGAUCGCCCUCCGUGCGGAGGUAGAUGACGUGCAGACGAAGAACGACGAACUCCAAGCUAGGAUUAAAGUCCUUGAGCAAGAAAAUCUACAAAAAGAGCAAGAAAUCACCUCCCUAAACCACCAAAAAAAUCUUCUGGAAGCAGAUGUUGAAAAGCUCGAGACACGCCUCAAGGAAGAGAAGGAAGCUCAUGUUAUUGGUUCGAACAACAGUCAGGAAAUGCAAAACCUGCAAAGAAAAGUUGCGUUGCUCGAGGAAGAGGCGGAAGAAGCAGAAAAGAACCUUAGAGAGACCAAUGAGAAGUUGCGUCUCACCGAUGUCAAGGCCGAGCACUACGAGCGCAAAGUUGCUACCCUUGAAGCCGAGAAAGAUGCUCUCGAAAAGAAGUACGAUGAGACCGUCGAAAUGAGCAAAAAAGCUGCGCACGAUUUGGAGGAGCUCCAGAGCCAACUCGAAAGUAUCUAGACUGCUUGUUAUUCUUAAUUCCAAAAACAAGCGACCACCUUACAUUCGUUUUCCAAGGCACAACUCUGAUCACCUCACAGGACAAAUUUCUUGGACAAUGCAUGUAUGCUAGUGACAUGGUAUUAGGGACGAGGUUUACUCUUCUAAGCAUAAGCUUGGAUUUAUUUAUCGUCUAAUGAUUCCCGACGUUUAGAAGUGUCUAGCUUCUUCUAGAGGCUAUCAUUUUGAUUUUAGUGUCACUCGUUCUGCCUCCUGUUUUCCAUGUUUCUGCGCUUUCAGUCCCCCAGAAUCCUAGUUUUUGGUUUUUUUUUUCGUUUUUUCAUUGUAUGCGCAUAGCAUCGGCCCACAGUUCCAACCUCUGGCAUUUGUUCACCUCAUCACCCUGCUAUCCCAUCCCCAACUCACCACACCCCACACCAAAGCGCGUAAUUCUUCUAACGUUUCUUACUGAUCUUUGAGAAUGUGAAAACAUACUUAUGGAGAGAGGAAAGCUUGUAAGAAAAUAACUAUGGUGAACGAAGAUUCAACCUUACCUAG